AUGCAGUUUGGUGUUGGAGAAGGUGGUGGUGGUGACCGUGGUGAUGGGGAUAUCUUAGGUGGAGUCAAUGGACAAUUUGGUGAAGGUGGUGGUGGUGGUGAGUUGGAAAUUGGAGGUGGCGGUGGAUUGUAUAUUGGUGGAGGUGGUGGUGGUGAGUUGGAAACUGGAGGUGGCGGUGGAUCGUAUAUUGGUGGAGGUGGUGUUGAUGGUGGUGGUAAUGAAGGAGAUGGUGGUGGUCGUGGAGGUGGAGGUGAUGGGGGUAUCUUAGGAGGUGGAGUCGCUGGCGUGUCGCAAUAUGGUGAAGGUGGUGUUGGUGGUGGUGAGUUAUAA